UUGGUCUCCGCCAUGAAUCCUCCAACGAAGCGGUCUGGCCGUAUUGGCAGCACCAAGUCUAAGACCGGCUGCAAUACCUGCAAGAUCCGGCGUGUUCGCUGUGGGGAAGAAAAACCACAUUGUGUGAGGUGCAUAAGCACAGGUCGACAGUGCCGCUACAGCACUGCUUCCGAACCAAGAACCACACAAUCACCACCCUUACAGUUUACAUUUUCAUCGCACUCAGGGCUGCGAGAAAGACGCGCCUUUGAGUAUUACUUUCAUCGAGCUGGUCCGUCGCUUUCGGGUGUUCUUGAUGUCUCUUUCUGGAAAGGCUCUGUCCUGCAGAUCUGCCGCCUGGAACCUGCGGUCUGGGACGCAGUGAUUUCGCUAAGUACCCUCUAUGAGCGGCCUCCUAUUCAUGAGUCUCCGGCUAUGGAAAUGAUCAAUGGCCCAGCUGUAGUGCGGCAACGCCAUCAUCGGGAGGCGCUUGUUUGGUACUCACGCUCACUCGCUGCUUUCCAACAACGCAUCAACCAAGGCUCUGCGGACUUGAAUGUGUUGUUGAUCAGCUGCAUUCUUUUCAUCGCAAUUGAGCUAUUACAAGGGAACAGGAAAGCAGCUGUCAAUCUUUAUAAACAGGGGUGGCAAAUUAUGCUCGGCGCAAAUUCGACCCCUAUGCUAUCUCCUCUUCUACCGAUAUUCCGCCGGUUGGGAACGUGGGCUCUCAUCGUCGAGGGAGGACCAAAAGAGUGUUGGGCUCUUAAUCCAAUAAAUUCGUACGCUGGAUUUGUGUCCAUCGACGAUGCAAGGAAUGUGUUGUGUGGAAUCGUGGCAGAGAUGAAAAACCUUGAUGACGAUGUAAAGGCCUACUGGAAACAGACGCAUGACGCCCGCCGAAAUCGGUCGCCGGGGCUUGUGGCUCGACAAAAUCACUUGGAAAAGCGCCUUGAAAAUUGGUAUCGCCUGUUUGAUUCUCUAGAGUGCAUGAAAACAUCAAGUCUUCCCGGCGAUGCCGUGACCAACGACGGUGCCGCCGCACUCCUUAUGACCUAUACGGGCGUUUUGAUCGAGAUCAAAACAUGUCUUGAUCCAGAUCAGACAGCAUAUGACGCCUACGAAACCGAGUUCGCUCAGAUCCUUGAUCUUGCACCUGUUGCGAUUGCAUCGACUCGUCUCGUCGAUGAUAAACAGCCCCCUUUCAUGUUUGAGAUGGGCGUGUUUCUUCCUCUUUUCAUCACAGCUCUUAAAUGUCCAUUUCCACAACUUCGUCGCCGGGCUCUUUUUUUCCUGUCGCAAGCUCCGCCGGCGCAGGGACUAUUCAUGUGUGGACCGGCUGCGGAUGCGGUAGCUGUGAUUAUCACCUUGGAGGAGACUCCUACGACGACUCCUCGCAGUGCUGCCGAGGUGAAGCAGCUGCUCGCCCAACCAGGAUGCAUACCGGCAGCCACAGACCGUACAUGCAGUUUCGGCGUCUCGUCGGAACUGGAUGAGAAGGGGAAACCCUUGAACUGGUUGCACUACUCACUACGAUAUUUUGACGGAGAAGGUCGGAUGCAGUUGACGCAGAAGUCAAUACCUUUUCCUGACCUGCGUUCUCCGUCAUGA